AUGGCAAGAAUCACGGUGGUGGGGUCAUUGAACUAUGACUUGGUUACCUUUACUACCAAAGUACCCGAGGGAGGAGAAACUUAUCAAGCUGAUGCUUUCGAAAACCAUCUUGGAGGCAAAGGCUUGAACGAAGCCAUCGCCACGGCUCGCCUCAAUGGAUCCCCGCAAACCAGCGUGCGAAUGGUGGGCAAGGUCGGCGGGGACUCGUUCGGCAAGGAGUUGAAAGGAGCGCUCGUCAACGCCGGUGUCGAUGUCAAAUAUGUUGAUACUGUCGACGGCGUCUCUCUGGGGGUGGCAGUGAUUCUCGUGGAACUGCUGGGGGAGAACCGUAUUUUGAUCACUGCGGGGGCCAAUGGCGAGUUGAAGCCUACACAUGAAGAAUACAAUGACAUUUUCAGUGGUGACCAUCUGCCAGAAUUUGUUAUGCUUCAGAAUGAGUACCCCGAUACCAUCAAGACCAUUGAGUGGCUUAAUACCAACAAACCCGAUAUCAACAUUGCCUACAAUCCUUCUCCUUUCAAGCCUGAAUUAAUCAAUGAACGUACUUGGGCUAAGUUGGACUUGUUAAUUGUUAACGAAGGCGAAGCUAAAGAUGUUGCGGGUCAAUUGUUGCCCGACACGGUCUUCGGCGAAUCGAAUGAUGAUUAUUUCCAAUUGGCAAUCAAAUUGAGAGGCUUACUCAAUCCUAAGAAUAUUCAAACGAUCAUCAUCACUAUGGGAUCGCACGGGUGUGUGUUCUUCGGCAAAGGCAUGGACUCUCCUCAAUUCGUCCCUUCCCGCAAAGUGGAGAAGGUGGUGGACACUACGGGAGCGGGGGACACCUUCUUUGGUGGGAUCAUUUCCCAAUUGGCUAAUGGCCACACGUUAGCAGAAGCCGUAACCUUCGCCACAUGUGCUUCUUCAAUUGUGGUGCAACUGAAGGGCGCGGCAGAAAGCAUCCCCACUUACGAAACCGUACAAAAGCACUUGUAA